AUCUUAAUUUGGUGGCCGACGCGAUCAGAUGGCAGCGGUUUGUUUUUCUGUCCUAUUUUUGGCUCUGGUCGCCACAGCCAAUGGGGCAAAUAUCCUGGGGCUAUUCGUUGGCCUAAGCCCUUCACACUUGAUCAUCCAACUCUCAAUGGCUGAGAUAUUGGCAGAGAACGGGCACAAUGUGACAGUUUUGACGAUUCUCGAGCCCCAGGCACGGCACGAGAACAUCACCUAUAUCCAAAUUGCUCUUGAACAAGAAGACCUAUUGGAGCUCGGAGCCCUUAUCGCCGAUGUGGCCAAAAAGAACAACGACAACGGUGUCAUGUUUCUCCUUCGAGUUCUCGGUCCAUUCACCAAGAUUUCUACUAAACUGAUCGGUGUGGUAAACCAUCCGCUUUAUAGAGAUCUAUACGAGAACAAGGGCAACAAAUUCGACUUGGUCAUAGUGGGCUUCUUUUUUAACAGCUUCCACAUGGCUCUGGCCCACAAGCUGAAGGUGCCUCAGGUGGUGGCCAUCUCUAAUCCCCCGAGUUACAUCGGUCACAAGCUGGGCAAUCCCCACGAGCUCUCCUACGUUCCAACCACAUAUCUGCCCAUCACUCUUGGUGAGAAUAUGGAUCUCGGUAAGCGCGCCUACAAUAUCAUCUUAUUUUUGGCUGGAAAACUCUUCUGGUACUGGGCGGAGGUCUGGAACGGAGCUGUCUUUGAACAGAUGUUCGGAAAUGACCCCGAUAUUCCAAGAUACAGUGAGUUGGACAAAAACAUAUCCCUCAUCUUCUUCGCAUCCCAUGGAAUAAGCGAACGAUCUAUCCGCCCCAACCUUCCCACUGUGAUAGAAGUUGGGGGGAUCCAGAUCAAAGAGACACCUGAUCCACUACCUCAGAACUUAAAAGAGUUCCUGGAGAACGCCCCAGAUGGAGCCAUUUUGCUCAGCCUGGGUACCAACAUAAAGCGUUCACACUUAAAUCAACAAACAGUGGGGACAAUGUUCAAGGUCCUCUCCCAGCUGAAGCAAAAGGUGAUUUGGAAGUGGGAUGACCUCGACAACUUGCCGGGCAAGUCGGACAACAUCCUGUACGCCCACUGGCUCCCCCAGACUGACAUCCUGGCGCACCCCAACAUCAAGUUAUUCAUCACCCACGCGGGAAAAGGCGGCAUAACGGAAGCCCAGUACCACGGCAAGCCCAUGCUGGCACUACCUGUAUUUUUUGACCAGCCUCAGAAUGCCAAAGCCAUGGAGCAGCAAGGCUUUGGAAUAACUCAGAGCCUGCUCACCCUGGAUGAGCAGUCAUUCACGAAGGGUAUUCGGGAAGUCUUGGAGAAUCCAAAGUAUGCCCGCGCCGUAAAGUCCUUUUCCACCAUCUACCGCGAUCGUCCUUUGAGUGCAAAGGAUACUCUGAUAUACUGGGUGGACUACGUGAUACGACACCAUGGAGCUAAGCACUUGCAGUCCCCGGUGGUCCAUAUGAGCUUUUCAGCUGUUCAUAAUAUUGAUCUUUUGUUCCUAUUCCUCGUGGCUAUUUUCAUUGGAUGGUUGGUGAUGAAGCUUUUGGGAAGAAUUCUACUUCGUAAUUUAAGACGUAAUCUAAUUAAAUUAACAAAAAUCGAAGAAGCUAAAAUAAAAAAACAAUAAAACUAAAUCUGUUACUAUAAGAUAAAACAUUUCCAAAAAUAGAAUCCUGAUAAAGAUUUUUAUGUGGUUGUCAGGAUCUUAAAUAUACUAAAAAUGACUCAUUAAAAAGCUGAUUGCUUAUAGACCAUA